CUCAAUCUCACUUCUCGAACGUCUGUUCGUCCCAGAAAGGAUACCAUCUACCCAACGGGCGACGAAGUGUGUGGAUCCGGCCGAAAUGGUUAUUCUGACCCUGGACAUAUGGCUGUGACUGCAUGUUGCUCUUUGUACAAUCAACAGUUUCUCUAUGCGCGUCUUUUAGAAGGUACUUUUUGUGACAAAGAGCAUUGUUGGUGGAGAUGAUGAUGCAUUCAGCUUUUUCUUAUCCUAGACCGUUCAUACUUUACGAAAAGAGAGACAUGAGCUUAAAUUCCAAGUGUCUAGGGCCAACCUGCUUAGGUUAAUAAGUAACCAAGUCUAACUAGCAAUACAGAGUUAAAUAUACCAGCCAGUGUCUGA